CCAACACCCAUGUCUGGCACCCAUUCAAACUCUCUCUUAUCAAAAAGCCAAACACACCUGACAAUUUAACAGUCUCCUUCCCCACUAUCCCUCUCUCUCUCUCUCUCUUCCCCACAAACACAGUUUUCAAAAUUCUUUUUCUUUUCCUAUUCCAUAAUUACCCAGAGAGCCUGGCCAGACAUAAAUACAACACCACAAAACAAAACCUUCAAAUCCUCAUCUAAAUUAUUCACCCUUCUCGCUGCAAUUUCGUUUCAAAAACAAACCACAUUCAUCACAAUGCCCUUCCUUGUUCUCUUUCUCUUUCUCCUACCUCCACUGUUCAGGCUUUCACACUCAGCCACAAUUCUAGUGGAUGGAUCUUCAGAGUGGAAGAAUCCCACUGUUUCCAUCGGUGACUCCAUCAUUUUCAAGCACAAACAACACUACAGCCUCUACAUUUUCAAGAACCAGAACGCCUUCAAACUCUGCAACUUCACUCAAGCCACUCUUCUCGCCAACCCCUACACGUGGCAUCCAUCUCGGCUUGGUUUCUUCUACUUUGCCUUCCACAAUGGCACACUGAAAGCAUGCCAAGAGUCUCAAAAGCUAGCCAUAAAGGUUAUUACUUCUUCAGCAAUGGCUCCAGUAGCAACACCAGCACCUUCUUCUGGUGGAGAGGUGCCAUCUUCACCUUCAUUUGCAUGGCCUUUUCGUCCAAGGCAAGGAGUUUCUUCACCUGGUCCAGCACCACAAGCACAAGCAAGUUCACCAGUGACAGUUCCAUUGGUGCCAGAUAAAGGUGGUGGCAUGCCCUUCAUUAACAGUAACCCUGCAGUGCCUCUUCCUACUGGUGAAGUUGACUCUGCUACCAUACGCCCCUUACCCACCUCUGGUCAUCAAGGACAGGUGAUGAUGAUUGGGUCAUUUGGAUUUCAUAUUGCAGUGCAGACAGUGGCUUUACUGCUGCUGUAAGAAGGAAGGGAAAGAGAAAAUGGGAUGGGGGUAACAUAGCACCAUGGAUUGGGACUAAAGUAGCUUUAAGAGUGAUGAUUAUACCAUGUAUUAAGAUGCUCUUAUAUUCUACUUUGGAAUGGUUGGCACUUUUUGUUCCUUGGAUUAAGAAAGCAAUCGAUUGCUGCAUUUGCUUUUUUCCUUUU